AUGGACCACCGCCAGGCAGAUAUCAUGCUUGCCACGCAGCGCCACUCUCUGAUAGCUCAGUGGCUGCUGUCAGACGUGGAGCCUGGAUGUCAGCGAGGGUCAUCAGAUGGAUGUUCCAAUGACAACCCGGCGGCUUCCGUCAGCUCUGACGGUGACCCAUUCCUGACGAACGAAGGAAACUGUUCAAUGUCAACCAUCGGCAAUCGAUCGGGAAUACCAGGUUGUCAGGCACAAAAGAAGAGAAGAAUCAAAAUGGUCUCCUUCAAGAACCUCCUCACUGCCGGCCUUCUGGCCUCCUCCGCCGUGGCCGCACCCCACGGCCACCAGCACCGCCACGUCGAGAAGCGCUCCAGCACCAAGCGCGGAGCCGCCUACAACGAUGUCUCGGCCGUGCAAGCCCUCGGCAGCGAUGGCUCGAUUUCCUGGGCAUACGACUGGAACAUGUUGGCCUCGGGUACUCUGCCCUCCGGCGUCGAGUUCGUGCCCAUGCUCUGGGGUAGCAAGAUGUUCGGCGGCUGGCUAUCAGCCAUCGAGACGGCCCUUGCCAGCGGCAGCACGUACAUUCUGGGCUUCAACGAGCCUGACAAUAGCGGCCAGUCCGCCAUCGGCAAGGCCAAGCUGGUUUCCCCCGGUGUCACCAACAGCGGUUCUGCCGGCCAAGGCUUGGACUGGAUGAACAAUUUCCUGCAGUCCUGCACGGACUGCGGCAUCAGCGCCCUCGCCGUGCACUGGUACGGUAACUCCGCCGAGGAGUUCAAGGUCUUCGUCAACCAGGCCAUCUCGUUCGCUUCCGAGAAGGGCCUUGAGAGUGUCUGGAUCACCGAGUUUGCCCUCAACAACGACAUCAGCACCGGCGCUUCGUCUAGCGAGUCCGAGCAGUUCCUCAGCGAGGUCCUCCCCUGGUUGGACUCGCAGCCCAUGGUCGCCCGCUAUGCCUACUUCAUGUGUGCGAACAACUACCUGAUCAGCGGAAGUGAUCUCACCUCCACUGGACAUAUCUAUGUUUCUUAG